AGGAUUUAUCGUUGAUAAAGAACACGUAACUUAGUUGUAAGUAGUUUCUUCAACCUUUUUUUUAGAUGAUAGAUUUCAUCCUUUUCCUCUGCGAGGCCUAGCCUUCGAACUUUCUGGUGAUCGCCAUGGAUAGAUCCAUCUCCUUCUGUAAUUCACCUCUUAUGAUCAGCUAUUUCAUUCAAUUUCGAUAACUAGAACAAAGAAAAGCAGAACAAGUACUAUCGGAAGAAAAAUCAUGGCAGAGUCCUACAUGGCGGUGGAUGUAAGAGCCGUAGUCGAUUACGCGCAGCGGCCGAGCGAGCCCGUUCGUUUGCAGUCCUUUGUCCAGCUUGCUUCGUUCCAUGUCGGCAAGGAUCCAGGCGACGAGUCAGAGCUGGUCGGGGGGCGCGUUCGACUCUGGCUCUACUGGAUCGACCACCGAGUCGCGAACUGGCCUGAAAACACGCCUCUGCCGUCCACUUUGUGGCGGCCUGAGUGCGGCAUCAUGUGGCGGCUAAAGCGAGUCCUCGACGACGACGAAAUCGCGAAGAAAAAGAGCAGUGUAGUUGUCACUACGGCUGAACAGAAGGAAAGCCAAGAAGCAGCGGCUGGGUUUCAGCACAUGCCACAUUAAGGCUACUCGUUUUUCACUAUCUCGACUCUGCUCAGGUCACCAGCCUCGGUGCACGACGUUGACUUUAUUCAGGUCGCCCAAUCAUCCUCGGAGUCGAACCAGGUGCUGGGAGGGUUCGACGUGCAGGGUUCACAGCCUACCCUAACCUAACCUAGCCGGUGAUGGGCUAUGAGUAUGCUGAGUUAGGUGCCCACUGAGACUGAUUUAAAGGGGAAGAUAGGGAGGAAAAGAACAAGGACAAGUCACUCAACUAAGAACAGUGAAAAACUAGUAAGGUUAACAACAGCCGCAAAUUUGGAAUGGUCAAGAUGCGAGGAAUAGAGGGUUGGUUUUCAUCAAAAUCCUGCUUGAAUUGACCGACAUAGAUAUGCUAGAGGACGAAUAUCGCUUGAGAGUGUUCCCCUUCGACGUUUUGAGAAUAGACUGUGCCAUUUGGAUGAGCGGACAACAACGGAUGGAGAGCACGGAUAAACUAGAUGUAGACUUCUUUCCCGUGACCCCAUGCACGGGGGAAACUACCGGAAUGCCGAGUACUUUGAACACGGGUAAUCGUAAUGCACCAGUUGCACCAGGGAGCUAUGUUGAAACAGAAACUGCUGCUUUGGAAAACACAACUUCUGAAAAACUCGAAUUGUAUCCGCUUCUGCAUAGUACAGGAGGUGCAGUUUGUUCCGUUUCCAACAGCAGUGGAGAUGCAGCUGCAACGAUCGCAGCUGAGCUCGAUCCGCAGAAGGGCAAUCGCAUCGCUGUUGGCUGCCGCACCAAGGCGGGAGAGCUGGAGCUGAGUGGUAUCACCUUUGCAGGCACAACGCACACCUCUAUUAAGACACAUCUACUACUAUUAAGGUGGGCUUAUAAAUAAUUUCGAGACGAGUUAGAGUUUUGCAACCUGCUGCACUAAAAGCAAAAAAGAUAGUACGCAUCCACAUCCUGCACUAAUUAAAAACGCCUUCAUCCCUGGCUGAUUCUUUUCUCAGCUGUAAGAAGCCAGGGAUGUCCAUCUGAAGAAUGCAAAAAUGGCGAACAAACGCGUCUUCUAACUCUAUGAUGACGGGAGUGAAGUAUUCGGAUGUCAUCUUUUCGUUGCAUUUGAGGCGGCGACCGCAACUUUACCUGUGGAAGGGCGUCGUCCCACUCUCCCUGUGUUAAGGCUACCGCUGAAGCAUUUGCAGCGUCAUCCUUGGUCUCUUUGUUUCUCAAGGGGAAGAGGGGGCCGAGGCCGGGACGGGCGCGACGCGUGAACUCUAAUUGUGCUUAUUGUACGGCGUUCUUACUACGCUUUUGCACCCACAGGAGCUCGGCGGCAGGUUGCAAACCCACACGGCUCUGUUUUUGACCGUCUUCGCGAUUCAGUGGGUGCUCGCCGAACGAGUACCGAAAAUCUGCUAUUUAACGUUGCUGGACCACUUGGUUUUCGCGGCUGUUGCGGCACUGACGAUACUUGUUUUAGGCAGCUGCGUGGCUUACGGCUUUGGUCUGGGCGUCGCGGGACUUCUGGGGACAACUAGUGAUGGCGGGGCAGAUGACGUCUCCUCGUUCGACCUGAAACGCGCCCGGAUCGUAGAUCUAGCGACGUUGCUCGUUGUCGCCAUAGCUUUUACAGCGCAUUUCACGUACGUGGCCAGGACGCGGUCGCUCCGAAGCGUCAUCUGGGGCGGAGGUGGCUCAACCUCGAGGGGACCUGGAGGUAGCAAAGUCGGCAGCAUCACUGCAGGUUUGCCAGCAACUGGGAAAGAGAACAACGAUUUGACAAUAUUCGGAACUCGCUCAUGGAAUGCAGGGACGCACAUAAUCAACGGUGUAUGUGUGCCAAAGCCCGCUAAUGCUUUCGUCUUAGAAGCAGAAAACUUCGGCACAAAGCAACAGAAGCGCCUAGGCGUUCCAGGACGCCUCUUACGUGCGCUUGAGGCCUUUUAAUAUUGACCAAUGUAAAGGAAAAGGUCGUACUAUUGAGCGCUUUUUAGUCAAAGUCAAAAUUAUGCAACUAUGUGGCAGACUCGGUAGAACCAGGAAAAGUGAGCCUUGUGCAUUUUUUUCCGUCCACUAGGAAGAUUUUUGUUCGUCAACUAGGUGGUGCAACCAACCAUUUCGAU